AUGUCCAUACACGGGCUCCACUAUGAGAUCCUAAGUAAUUUUGUAAUUUUGAGAAACGAAAAAAGGCGAAAAGUGGAGAUUCUUGACAAUUUUUUCGUCUUGAUACGUUAGAAUUGAACUCCCUUACCACCAAAAACGUGAAGUAAUUUAGUCGUUCUCAAAAAAACAUGAAAAAAGUUUAAAGGACCAGGUAGCUUUUGAGAAAAUGGUCCUGGUAUGAAGAGCGAAUGUAGAGCAAAGGUGUUGAAAAAUGAACAAAAAGCUCCAAGAAGAAAAUAAUCGUUUCUGUAUCGACAAAAAGACUUCUACAGUGAAAAGGAAAGGAAUAAAUACAAAAAGCAAGUCAGACAACUGAGAGGAAAAAGUUGCGCCGACGAUGAAGUCAUCCCUUUCAGGUUUACCGCCUGUGGGAAGGGAGGCCUCGGAAAGGCGUGCCGCGGUGGCCGUUACCAAGAAGACGAAGACGACGAAGGAAUUACGGUCGAGCCGUUUGGCUGGCUCGAGCCCCGUCGUCGUCGCCUUUUUGGGUGGCAAUUACACCUGGGAAUGUCACCAGCCACACAGCGCUUUUCAUCGUCGUCCUCUUUCAAGUUUCCUCUGGGAAAAGCGGCACUCCAAAAGAACUGUCCCGAUAAAUAUGGUGAUUCGUGUGUUUAUUAACGAUAUUUUCCUUUCUUUUUUUGGCUGUAUCUUGCGCGGAGCUUCAAAAAAUCAAAAAUGGUGCUAGAUCAGUUAUUUUCUCGAUUUUUAAUCGGUCACAACUUUAACCAAAGAACUCGAUAGAAACUUUCAAACAAAGGUUCGGAAACUGCGUAAAAAAUUACAUUAUUUGGGCCUAGUUUUCUUAAAAUUCUCACUAAUUUUUAGCCCCUUUUCCAGGCACAGCGAGAACAAAUAAAUUCGAGAAAUCAACUUUUUUCGAAAAAACUACCUAAUCCAACUGAUUCAGCUCACAAAAAUUCAUUAAAUGAUCUUUUUUAAGCAUAAACAAUCAUAAAAAGCUUUCCACGUCAUUCUAAGUUCCACAGACUAUAGUGUCUCAGAAAUCGACUAUAAAAUCGGACUUUACAGACUAGAAAGUACAUAAAAACCGAAAAACCAUUGGUGAAUCACCAGAGGAAUCGACUGAUACAUUGAUAAUGAUGUCCACCCUUGUUUGUGGAGCGUGGAUGAUGUCAUGAUUGGCCGGAAAGUGGGGAAGUUGAGUCAAAGUUCAACGAUUAAGCUGCACCUUUUGAACUUCUUUUUAAUAAUCUUAGAAAAAAAUUAAAAAUUUUUUUAACUAGCCGGGAUACAGUAUUUGAUGAAAAAGCUCACCAUCAAGCUGAAGUUGAAGAAAGAGAGAAUUUCAGAUAGUUCAGUAUUAAAAAAACCUUAAACUAGUCAUUUUUCUACAAUUGAAUCGAAGUGAAGCUUCUUGGUCGCGUUUGGAAUGGUUCUAAGCUUUGCGAUACAGCCAAUUCAAGUCUUAGGAUUCUGUUUCAAAGCUCAUCGAUAGGCUUGCGCGCAAGUCGGUUCAGGUCAGGUGCUCCAAAAAGCAACCGCUUCGCGACCGCAACGCUCUGAGCCAUUCUACACGCGGUCCGGCAUCUACAUAG